UCCCUUUCCUUGGAGAAACUAUAUAAAACGGCUCCCGCUUCUUUUGCUCCAUCCCCUAGCAAUUCAUUUUCAUUACAACAAAACAACAAAACAAAAACACCCACAUCAGACUCACACAACUCUCUCUCUCUCUCUCUCUCUCUAAAACCACGUCCAUGGAAUCUCCCGCUCGAUCUUCCGUCAUCAUCGUCGGCGCCGGUAUUUCAGGUUUAUCGGCAGCAAAGGUGUUGGUGGAGAAUGGAGUAGAGGAUAUAAUAAUAUUAGAAGCGUCGGAAAGGGUCGGAGGAAGGAUUCGAAAACAAGAAUUCGGCGGUGUGUCGGUGGAGCUGGGAGCCGGUUGGGUUGCCGGAGUUGGAGGGACUAAAAUAAACCCUGUUUGGGAUUUGGCUAAACAAGCCAAUCUCCGUACUUGCUUUUCUGACUAUUCCAAUGCUCGUUACAACAUUUAUGACCCCAGUGGAAAGAUUUUCCCAAGUGGAAUAGCAGCUGAUUCAUAUCAAAAGGCGGUGGAAUCUGCAAUGCAGAAGCUAAAGAAUGAAGAAGAAAAAAAUGAUCUUGAUGGUACCAAAAAUACUGAUCAGCCAUGUCCAGAAACACCAAUAGAGUUGGCUAUUGACUUUAUCCUACAUGAUUUCGAAAUGGCAGAGGUUGAACCAAUAUCUACAUAUGUCGAUUUUGGGGAGAAAGAAUUUUUAGUUGCUGAUGAAAGAGGAUAUGAACAUCUGCUAUACAAAAUGGCUGAGAAAUUUCUUUUUACAUCUGAUGGUAAAAUCUCAGACAGCAGACUCAAGCUCAACAAGGUUGUUCGGGAAUUACAGCACUCGAGAAACGGUGUUCUGGUGACAACAGAAGAUGACUGCACUUACCAAGCAAAUUACUUGAUUUUGUCAGCUAGCAUUGGUGUUCUCCAAAGUGAUCUCAUUUCCUUUAAACCUCCAUUACCUAGGUGGAAAUUGGAAGCUAUUAACGAGUUGGAUGUGAUAGUUUACACAAAAAUUUUCUUGAAAUUUCCAUAUAAGUUCUGGCCUGCUGGGGCAGAAAAAGAAUUCUUUAUGUAUGCUCAUGAGAGGAGAGGAUACUACACAUUCUGGCAGCACAUGGAGAACGCUUAUCCUGGGUCCAAUAUUCUUGUUGUGACAUUGACAAAUGGGGAAUCUAAACGAGUUGAAGCUCAAUCAGAUCAAGAAACACUUAAAGAAGCAAUGGAUGUUCUUAGGAAAAUGUUUGGGCCUAAUAUCCCGGAUGCCAGUGACAUACUUGUGCCUCGCUGGUGGAAUAAUCGUUUCCAAAGAGGCAGUUACAGCAACUACCCAAUAUACGUUAAUCAACAACUAGUUGAUAAUAUUAAGGCCCCUGUAGGAAGGAUAUUUUUCACCGGAGAACACACAAGUGAAAAGUUUAAUGGUUAUGUUCAUGGCGGUUAUCUUUCAGGUAUAGACACUGGAAAUGCUUUACUUGACGAAAUAAAGGAGAGCCAAAGGAAAAAUCUGAUACAGCCUUUCUUAGUAGAUCCUUUGUUGGCCUUGACCGAAUCAUUGUCGUUAUCAACUCAAGCAGAUGCAGUAUCUCCGUUGCACAAAUGUGAUAUUCCUACUCAACAUUUCCUUACUAGCACCAAAUUAGGUUUCUCAGAGCCCAUCUUAUGACUAUGAACCAAUGGACCUAUUCCACAUUGAUAAUGACGAAACCUGCAACUCCACGAGUGACAGAAAUAUUUUGUGGGCUCAGACUUCAGAGUAGAUACAUUACGGUCCAUGGAUGCCUUUCACAUAACAGAAUAAAUGGCAAUGCUGAAUUGCUUAUUUGAAAACUAGAAGAGAAAUGGGAGCGCAGGAAGAUAGAUGAGGUUGAUGGUAGUAAUAGUGACAAAGGGUAUUUCGUAUUCAUUUGAUUGAAAUUUGGUUGCGGGUAUACAUGUAAAUUAUUCAUUGUAGCGGCAAUUAUGUGAGGCAAAGCAUAUAUUAGAAUUCUUUGAUGUACUUGUGACAAAUUGGAGUUGCAAUUUAGUGACAUUGUUUUGAUCUAUUUAAUUCAGAUUGCAGUUUUAUUCCCA